GUAUAACCUUCAGUAGCAGAACAAAGCAGGCCAGUCAGCAAGUUGCCAAGUCCUGCAGACUCCUUGUCAAGGAGAACAGCUGGACCUAUUUCUAAUCAACGUCUCCAACACAAUACCCUUGGAUUGCUGCAGGAGACCAGACCAGAAUUUGAAACUUUCCAAAGACUUCCAAUAGACAUUGAGUGCACAUGGAUACUUAGGUUGCCUUUGAGACAAAGGGGAAGGAUACAGGUGUCACGUUCACCCAAGAAGUCUACAUUUAAACCUCUGUACAUAGAAUGGAUAAUGGUUAUUGAAACAACCCAAACCUCUUUCACAGUGCAAGGGAUAUAGCUCGAGAGGCAAGCAGGCAGUCCCAGAACCAAGGAAUGGAUGACUACAAAUAUCAUGACAACUAUGAGGGCUAUGCCCCCAGUGAUGGCUAUUAUCGUGGUGAUGAAUCCAAUCCAGAAGAAGAUGCACAGAGUGAUGUUACAGAAGGCCAUGAUGAGGAGGAUGAGAUCUAUGAGGGCGAGUACCAGGGCAUCCCUCACCCAGAUGACAUCAAGGCCAAGCAGACCAAGAUGGCGCCCUCCAGGGUGGAUGGUCUUCGAGGCCAGGCAGACCUGAUGGCCGAGAGGAUGGAAGAAGAAGAGCAGCUGGCCCACCAGUACGAGACCAUCAUUGAUGAGUGCGGCCACGGACGCUUCCAGUGGACCCUCUUUUUUGUUUUGGGUUUGGCCCUGAUGGCUGAUGGCGUGGAAGUGUUUGUGGUGAGUUUUGCCCUGCCCAGUGCAGAGAAGGACAUGUGUCUGUCUAGUUCCAAGAAAGGAAUGCUUGGGCUGAUAGUCUACCUAGGAAUGAUGGGGGGAGCCUUCAUCCUGGGGGGCCUGGCUGAUAAGCUGGGGAGGAAGCGAGUCCUCAGCAUGUCCCUGGCCGUCAACGCCUCGUUCGCCUCCCUCUCUUCCUUCGUACAGGGAUAUGGAGCCUUCCUCUUCUGCAGACUCAUCUCAGGCAUAGGUAUUGGGGGUGCUCUGCCCAUUGUUUUUGCCUAUUUUUCUGAAUUCUUGUCCCGGGAGAAACGAGGAGAGCAUCUCAGUUGGUUAGGCAUCUUCUGGAUGACUGGAGGCAUCUAUGCGUCUGCCAUGGCCUGGAGCAUCAUUCCACACUAUGGCUGGGGCUUCAGCAUGGGCACCAAUUACCACUUCCACAGCUGGAGAGUGUUUGUCAUCGUCUGCGCUCUGCCCUGCACUGUGUCCAUGGUGGCCCUGAAGUUCAUGCCGGAGAGCCCGAGGUUUCUGCUAGAGAUGGGCAAACACGACGAAGCCUGGAUGAUUCUCAAGCACGUUCACGACACCAACAUGAGGGCUAAGGGGGCCCCAGAGAAGGUGUUCACGGUUUCCAACAUUAAAACUCCCAAGCAAAUGGAUGAAUUCAUUGAGAUCCAGAGUUCAACAGGGACUUGGUACCAGCGCUGGCUAGUCAGAUUCAAGACCACUUUCAAGCAGGUCUGGGAAAACGCUCUGUACUGUGUGAUGGGGCCCUACAGGAUGAACACACUGAUUCUGGCAGUGGUCUGGUUCACCAUGGCUUUAAGUUACUAUGGACUGACAGUUUGGUUCCCUGAUAUGAUCCGGUAUUUUCAAGAUGAAGCAUACAAGUCCAAAAUGAAGGUAUUCCAUGAUGAGCAUGUGUAUGGUGUUACAAUCAACUUCACAAUGGAAAAUCAGAUUCACCAACGUGGGAAACUUGUGAAUGACAAGUUCACAAAGAUGUACUUUAAACAUGUACUCUUUGAGGACACUUUAUUUGACGAGUGCUAUUUUGAAGAUGUUACAUCGACUGAUACCUAUUUCAAAAACUGCACCAUUGAAUCGACCAUCUUUUAUAACACAGACCUCUACCAGCAUAAGUUCAUCAACUGUCAUUUUAUCAAUGUCACCUUUCUGGAGCAGAAGGAGGGCUGCCACAUGGACUUAGAGCAAGAUAACGACUUCUUGAUUUACCUCGUCAGCUUCCUUGGCAGUCUGUCUGUCUUGCCUGGGAACAUCAUAUCUGCCCUUCUCAUGGAUAGAGUCGGAAGGCUCAAGAUGAUCGGUGGCUCCAUGCUCAUCUCGGCUGUCUGCUGCUUCUUCCUAUUUUUUGGCAACAGUGAGUCGGCGAUGAUUGGCUGGCAGUGCCUGUUCUGUGGGACAAGCAUUGCUGCCUGGAAUGCUGUGGAUGUGAUCACGGUGGAGCUGUAUCCCACCAACCAGAGGGCAACAGCCUUUGGCAUCCUCAAUGGAUUAUGCAAAUUUGGAGCCAUCUUGGGAAACACCAUCUUUGCUUCUUUUGUUGGGAUCACCAAAGUGGUCCCCAUCCUUCUGGCUGCUACUUCUCUCGUUGGGGGUGGCCUGAUUGCUCUUCGACUGCCAGAGACUCGAGAACAGGUCCUGAUGUGAACAACCUAUGGGGAAAGGAAAUGUUGGAAGAACCUCAUUCAGGAACUUAACUGCACCUACACUUCCUGUCCAUCGGACACCUGGAUAGCACAGGAGGAGAAGUUGAAUUUGUGACCCCUAGUCUAGCAUCCAUUUCAGCUGUCUAUAUGUUUGUAACUCAGGUGACUGAUUUGAGGGUGUCCUGAGCUGUCCUCCCUUAGAGUCCCAGAACUGUGUGCUUGGCUAAUGGGGUCCCCAGCCCAAGGUGAGGGAGGAGGGAUCAUGCCCUCCAAACUAAGUAAGGGGUAUUUCCAAAAGUGAGGUGCAAGGACUUUUUUCAUUCAUUUCAAAAUGAAUUUGAGAAACACUCAAUGUCCUCCAUAAAGUUCCUCGGAGCCCAAGGACCUGACAAACUGACUUGGCAGGGAAGUUGAGUCAUCAUAUGAAUACUUAAGUACAGGAUACAUAUAUUUUUGCAUUUAAAGUAUUACUUAUCAUAGUUUCCAUUUGAAAAUUGGCACAAUAGCAUUGAAGAUACUCUGAUAUAGAAAACCAAAUAUGUGAGCAAUAUCUGUAGAAAUCUACUUUACCCCCUCGAAGGGUCCUAAGUUUCCCAUGAUGAUUAGGUGGUGAACUUAAGAAUAAUAUUUAUUCCUAUUUUGAUCUCGUCAAAGAAACUUAAUGGGAUAUGUAUUCUGUAAACUAACUUUGUACAUAACUGUCUUUGGGUUUCAUUUGCAGAAAUGAUAUCUGCAAAUAUUUGCCAGCGUUUAGCCAUAUUUUGAGGACUUGGUGUUUGAGUUUCCAGGAAAUUGGGGCUGAUAGAAUGAAGUGCAAGCACAACUUCUUAUAGCCGUUUAACUUGCUGUCGAGAGGAUGCACUUAGCAAACUCACGUUGUACAGUUCCUUUCAUCCAGGCGCUUUUCUUCAUGUGGGGGGAGGAGUUACUUUCCUUUCUUACACAGAUCACUGGUGAAACGCAAGCUCACCAUCUUCCAUCCUGGCAUUUGACGUUGCUGCUCACCCAGAAGAAACAUGGGAAGUCUUCCGUGACCUCUGGCACCCUCUUUGUAGGCGAGAAUAAAACACGGUGUACCACAUGGGGGAUUGAGGGAGGGAUGGGAAAGUGUAGCCAAAGAUUUUCAAAGUGUAAAUUUAGCAGUAAAACACAAUCCGUAUUUGUUAUAAUGGUCAGGUCCAAUGAAAAAUCUACCUGAUAUGUCUCAGUUCAGGGUUUUUGAAGCAGUCAUUGGCAUGGGAGUUAGGGAGUGUAGUGAAUGUCACAUAUGUUUACCUUCAGUGUUCCAAGAGAACACUUUCCUGAGAUCCAGUUUGAAACAUGAAUGGGGGUAGGGGUGGGGGUGGGGUGAGGAACCCAGGACAAGCUGUUUGGCAAAGGUCUUUAAUAGACUGAAGUCUUGACUCCAUAGAAAAAGAACAAUGUUUCACCCAUCAGAACUGUCCUGCAUGGAAGGGACAGUGAGCUGUAAACCCCCUGCCACCAGAGGUGAACUUGCUGAGGCCAGGUGAACACCAGUCACCAAGACCUAGUUCUUUGAAUUGAUUUGCGAUGCUCUCAAUUCUGUAAAGUGCCACACUUUCUCUACCAGAAACCUCAAAAAUUUAAAGAAAAUGAUGGCUGCAUUGAGUGUAUUUCCUGUUUUGGAGAAACACCAAGUCCCGUGAUAACUACGGGCCAUCUUUUGGUUAUUCUCUGGAGUAGAAGAAGGUAGACAGGAGGAAAGAGUAUAUUCUAUAAUACAUUUCUACCCUGGAUUUGAGAUCAAUUUUAAUGGUUAAAAGGUUUUCUCUGCUUCUCAUGUUCCCCACCUCUUUACUGGCCGUUUCUUUUCUGUGCAGGGAAGGAAGACACAUCAACUCUGAUUUGACAUCCUGAUUCCCCCAAAUAUAUAAAUAUACCAUUGUGUGUUAGUGUUUCUCUCAGUGUUUUACAGGAGUUACCUAACAUCAGUGCUACAUCAGUAAUGAGAGAGCCAAUGUAAUAUAGCUGUAAUAUACUUGCUUGUGAUAUGAAAUACACUGGCUAGGUUCAUAAAACAGAAUUGUGUAAACUGGGAUUACCACAUCCCUUAUAACAUUAUUCUUCAAUGGGAUAAUACAAUUCGAUGAGCCGUUACUGCUCAUUUACAAGGCAGUGAGGGUCUGCAUUUCUAGUUAUGAUGGAUCUUGCAAAUCUAAAACCUGAUUAAUUUUUGAGCAUUGGAAUGGCUGCAACGAUUUGGGGUAAAAAACUCCAUUUGAUUCCUAAGUUCUAACUUCUGCAUUAUCUUUAUGGCUCCUUUAUACCAACAACCUAAACAACCAAGGGCAAUUCCCAUCCCAUCAAUCAUUCAGGCCUUUGUAAAGGUACAGCCAUGCUUGCAGCCUUUUCCCACGAAGGAUUGUCUGGCACUGGGACCUGGCCACUUCUUAAAUGCUGUCACUCUUGCUGAGAUAAAUGCUUCUUUAAAAAUAGUCUCUGUGGCAGGUCAUUGGGGGAUAAUGUACAGCAUUCCUGGCCAGGCACUUCUUUUUCAUUUCAUGUUCUACCCUGAGAAAUUCCCUAUGGCAUCCGUGGAGAAUUAAAGGGAUGAGCCUCUCCCUCAUUGAGUAAAUCUGCUUGCAGUUCAUGAUGUAUUUUAUGAUGCCCAGUUUGGGAGUAGUUACUUUUAAUGGUCUCAGCUGUAUUGUGUCAUCCCUUGAUGCUGAUUUUUUUAUCUUUUGUUUUACUGGAAAUAAAUAGUGAAGGGGGUGUGCCUAUUUGUGACGUUUAUAGCACACAACCCAGAGGUCAUGUAAUACAUAACCCCAUUCCCAGGGUUUCCUGGCACCUUGUAUUAGUUCAUUAAAAAAAAUAAUAAAAAUAAUUGUAA